AAUGGCCUAUGUCUAGGGCCGGCGCUGGGAGAGGGAGAGAUUGAGAGAGAGGGGCAAUGGCGGUUAAGCGAAAGAAGAGCAAUACCGGUGAUAUGAUCGUCCCAUGCGGAAAAGAAGAUAGUAAUAGUACUGAGAAGAAGAGUAAUGGUAAGGAGCACUUGCUUCCGUCGAUGAUAAAGAACAAAGAGAAGAGAUCGGCUGUCCACGCCCAGCUAAAGCACCAGAAGAAGCUCGAGAAGCGCAAGAAGGCUAAGGCUCGUGAAGCUGACGAGAAGAGAGCUCUUGAGAUUGGAGAGGAGCCUCCACCAAGGAAGAUCCCUCGCACAAUUGAGAAUACCAGGGAGUUUGAUGAGACUAUUUGCAAGCCUGAUGAUGAAGAGCUUUUUGCUGGUAACGAUGGAGAUGAAUUUAGCUCAAUUUUAAAGCAUGAAAGCACUUCGAAGAUAUUGAUCACUACUUGCCGCUUCAAUUCUACGAGAGGACCAGCUUUUAUAUCGGAACUACUCUCUGUGAUCCCAAAUGCUCAUUACUACAAGAGAGGAACUUAUGACUUGAAAAAGAUUGUGGAAUAUGCGACAAACAAGGACUUUACUUCCAUUAUAGUUGUCCACACCAACCGCCGUGAACCCGAUGCUCUCCUUGUUAUAGGCUUACCUGAUGGACCUACUGCCCAUUUUAAGCUCUCAAAGCUUGUUUUGCGGAAGGAUAUUAAGAAUCAUGGAAAUCCAACUAGUCACCAGCCUGAGCUAGUGUUAACUAACUUCACAACACGUUUGGGCCAUCGGAUUGGGAGGCUGAUACAAUCACUUUUCCCACAAGAUCCAAAUUUUCGUGGUCGGCAAGUUGUAACCUUCCACAAUCAGCGAGAUUUUAUAUUUUUCCGCCAUCAUCGUUAUAUUUUUGAAAGCAAAGAGAGUAAACAGAGUGACUCAAAAGCUACAAAAGGCAAGGAUACUAUGGAUGAAAAGAGUGCUCAGGAGAAAACAGUUGCUCGGCUUCAGGAAUGUGGUCCUCGUUUCACGCUGAAGUUAAUCAGUCUGCAACAAGGGACAUUUGAUACAAAAGGCGGGGAAUAUGAGUGGGUUCACAAGCCGGAAAUGGACACUAGUCGAAGGAGAUUUUUCUUGUGAGAUGCUUUGUUGUAUCACUAUCAAGCUUAUUGGCCCCUGAAUGGAAGCCCUGUUAAGGUGAUAAUGAAAAUGUUGGUACCCUGUAACAAAAAGUCUGGCUUCAAAUUUGUACCCUUCUCUUGGGUUGGGGUAUGAUGUUAGAGAAAACUGCCUUUGAUCCAUUUCAUAUUCACCAUAAAGAAUAAUGGAAAUUUUUGCAGAUAUCUCUUUCUUCCCAGUAUUGUUGUAAUUUUUCUUUCCUGUUUGUGAUGGAUCUUGUUC